AUGGGAUCCCUACAUGGCCGAAAGCAUGCUGCCACGAGAUUCGUCGACACACUCCCGCCGCCAACGAAAUCAGUCGAGGUCAAGGUGGUUGUGCUCAGCCCAAGCAGAUCCGCAACCUUGGCCACAUAUCGUGCCCUGAAAGUGCUCGGGUACAAGACUUACCACAACUAUGAGAGCAUCUACAAUGGGCUGCGGGACAUGAAGCUCUUCAACGAGUCCAUGCGAGCCAAGUUCCACGGGGAGUUCGAGGUCUAUCGCCGACCAGAGUUUGAGAAGUGGUUCCAGGGUUAUGAUGCCCUCACGGAACUACCCUCAUACUUCCCCGAGGAGAUUGUCGAGGCGUACCCGCGCGCAAAGUACAUCCUGGUCGAGCGCACCCCGGAGAGCUGGGCGCGCAGCGUCAUGAACAGCAUCGUCCGCAUGACCGAGGACGUCAACAGGUUCCCCACCAGCUUCCUCAAGCAGUUCGACGACGCCAUGUACCAGCUUUGCAGCAGCGCGUACAUCACAGCCGAGCGCUUCUCGGACGGCAAGUUUGGGCGGCCCGGCGGUCUGGAGGCUUGCGCUGAUUGUGUUGCUCUGGUCAAGAAGAUUGUCCCACCAGAACAGCUGCUGGUUGUGAGACUCGAAGAUGGCCUGGACUGGGACGCAAUAUGUCCAUUCCUUCAAAUGCCAGUCCCAGACGAGCCCUUCCCACCGCCAUUCACCCCGGAAGUGUUCAAGGAGACGGUCGAGGAGUUUAUGAUGCCUCAGGUGAAAAGAGCCGUGAGAAACGCUGCAGCGCUCAUUCUGUCGCCGAUAGUAGUCCUUGUCGGUGCAGUAUGGUGGGCGUCGGACGGUGUCAGGUGAAACACGGUUUGAUAUCCUCGGGUGGCACAGCACUUGAGCAGGGCAGGUACUGGGAAGUACUUGCCCGAGCGCAAAGGGGCGGGAGUUGAG